CAGUCCCAGUGUUCAGUGUUCAGUGUACACUCGCACAGACACCAUGCGACACCUACACGCACUGCUGUCACUACUGCUGACCGGCGCCAGCAUGCUGAACGCUGCUGAGGUAUUCCGCACAGAAUUGUUCCCCGAGCAACUGGAGCAGCAGCAGAUACAGUUCCAGCAAAUCUCACUGCAGCAACAAAUCCAGAACUUACAACGACUGGUGCAAGUAGCGACUACCACUGACGAGCGUCAGGACUUACAGAGGCGACAGAACGGCAUAGACUCCCAGAUGCGACAGAUGCAGCGCCGACUGCUGACGCUGCAGCAGAAGAUACAAGAGCGACUGGGAGGUGGAGUGGCGUUCGUGACACAGCCAGACAUAGACCUGCAGAGUGAAGGGGACGGUGUGGAGGUGAGGAUACUAAACAGGUUGGAUAACCCUCCUGUAGCGGGGGUGCCUGAUGAGAGGCAACAACAGUUCCAACAACAACAACCUAAUUUCCAACAGCAGCAACCUAACUUCCAACAGCAGCGACCAACGUUUCAACAACAACAACCUAACUUCCAACAGCAGCAACCUAAUUUCCAACAACAGCAACCUAACUCCCAACAGCAGCAACCUAACUUCCAACAACAGCAACCUAACUUCCAACAGCAGCAACCUAACUUCCAACAACAGCAACCUAACUUCCAACAGCAGCAACCUAACUUCCAACAACAGCAACCUAACUUCCAACAACAGCGACCCACAACACAGUUCCAGCAGCCCCAAACACCGACCCAACCUCCCUCGUCUGACGAAGCUAUCAUACCCUGCUCUACCCUGUCAGGAGAGGCAGGCAAUUGCAGACCGCUGAUCAAGUGCCUGAGUUUCUAUGCAGAGUUGCCGGAGCUGAAGAAGCAGCCCUGUCAACUGGGCGAGGGUGGUCUGGGAGUAUGCUGCCCCCGCAGGUCCAGACCAACAGGAGGUCCCAGCAAGAACAGCGGUGUGCUGCAUGCUCCACCACCUCCGCCAGUGGUCAUCCCUCCCUUCACCCCCCAGCAGCUCGACCAUGCAGCACAGACUGCGCUGCAGCGGAUCCAGGAGAGGGUCAACUUCAUUAUCCAGCUGUUCAACAACCGUGUGGUGGUCAAGCCGGGGUCGCCGGCCGCCGCUCAUCAGGAGUUCUUCCCUGUCACCAACGCCACGCUCCAGAGGGGAGAGACGGCGCAGAAGAACGUUGAGGCCAGCGUAGACCUUGUACAAGAAUUCAACCUGUCCCCUGACCAAGGCAAGUUCGCGUUGCCGACGUUCAGCGUGUUGAACACAGUGAUCGCCGACUCCUGUCCCCGGCCCUCGUCCUGCGUGGCGGGCAAGUACCGCAGCGCUGACGGCUCUUGCAACAACCUCCGCCAUGAUCAGUGGGGCCGCGGGGGCGUCGCCCUGCAGCGCAUACUGCCACCCAAGUAUGAUGAUGGAGUGAAUGCACCCAGGUCACAGACCAGUAACGGCCAAGAGUUGCCGAGUGCUCGUCUUGUCUCCACCUCUGUAGCCCAGGACAAGGAUGACCCUUCAGGCAACUACACUCUCAUGGUGAUGCAGUGGGGACAGUUCCUGGACCAUGACCUCACCCACACACCCAUCAACUUUGGUCAGUCGGGUGCUGGAAUCUCCUGUUGUAGAGAAGGAGUGCCUCUAGAACCGAGCCUGAGACACCCAGACUGCUUCCAUAUCGACUUGCCUCGGACAGACAAGAUAUUCUCCCCCUUCGGAGAGCGAUGCAUGGAGUUUGUACGGUCCCUUCCAGCCCCCAGACCUGAAUGCAACUUUGGUCCUAGAGAGCAGAUGAAUCAGAUCACAGGGUACCUAGAUGGUUCCAACAUCUACGGAUCAACAAUAGAUGCUCAGCGUUCCCUGCGGGAAUUCCGCGGAGGACGAUUGCGUGUGCAGAACCUUGGACGCAAGGGGAUGUUACCAGCAAACAGUAACGAGUGUCAGAGUCCAGACCAGAGGCGAUCCUGCUUUCUAGCUGGGGACGGCCGAGUCAACGAGCAGGUGAACCUCGCUCUGACUCACACGGUGUGGAUGAGAGAGCACAACAGAGUCGCGGCGGAGCUCGCCAGGCUUCACCCGGACUGGAGUGACGAGGCGUUGUUCCAGGAGACUCGCAGGAUAGUGGUGGCCGAGAUACAGCACAUCACAUACAACGAGUUCCUGCCAAUCAUACUGGGAAGAACUUAUAUGGACAAAUUCCAACUUUCUCCAAAAGAAAGUGGAUGGACCAAAUUGUAUGAUCCUGAACUAAAUGGAGGGAUUACAAAUGUAUUUGCAACUGCAGCCUUCAGAUUUGGACACAGUCUUAUACAAGGGCACAUGCAUGGUUACGGUAAAUUUGGCAACAUCAGGGAGAACUUGCAGCUAAGCAAGCAGCAUUUCAUUCCUUUUGUACUGUACAAUGAAGGAGCAGUUGACGACAUGAUCAGAGGGUUGGCUUCCCAGAGUGCUCAGAAGUUUGACAGAUUCUUCACAAAUGAGGUCACGGAUCACUUAUUCCAAGGAGACCUGGACCUGGGUCUAGACCUGUUUGCACUCAACAUCCAGCGAGGCAGAGACCAUGGUCUGCCUCCCUACAACGACUGGCGAGAGGUCUGUGGCAUGCCCAAGGCUAGGAGCUGGCAGGACCUAGUAGACGUCAUGGACCCUCAGAGCAUCAACAGGCUGGCUGCAGUGUAUCCAUCUGUAGAUGAGGUGGAUUUGUUUGCUGGAGCCGUAGCAGAGAGGCCAGUAGAAGGAGCUAUGCUUGGACCUACUUUUGUCUGCUUGGUUGGAGAUCAAUUCUCCAGGCUUCGAAGAGGUGACAGAUUCUUUUAUGAAGAGGCUAACCAACCAUCGUCUUUCACACAAGCACAACUAGAGCAACUUAGGAAGGCCAGUUUAGCCAGGAUCCUCUGCGACAACUCAGACAACAUUGCUCUAAUACAACCUUUAGCCUUUGUUCAGCCAUCUUUCUUGAACCAGAGAGUGGCUUGCUCCAGUGAUGUAGAGGUGCCCAGAGUCGAGCUUCAUCCCUGGACUCAGGAGCGACCAGCUGUCUGACGAACCAAGACUGGAACACUUAGUGAUCACCUCAUUGUAAUAUUUAUUGUCUACAAAAAACAACUCUGUGUAAA